AUUAUAGUGUAUAUUCCCCAAUUUCAAGGGACCAAUUAAUCUGAAAAUUGGAGCUUAUGAACACUGCUUCACAAAUACAAAACAGGUGUGUGUUUCACCUUGCCUAACGGUCUCGCGUGUGCACCACUGGACAGCGCAACACUCGAUCAGAUCCAUCCAUCCACCGUCCGUGGUAAGCGCCCUCUUCCUCUCUUUCGCCACCGCCACCACCACCACCACCGCGCGCUCUCCCUCUCUCUUGCCGAUUCCGAUCACCAUGUUCAAAUUCCUCAAAGAGGUCGUUGGUGGAUCUGGAACCGGCCUCAAGGAUCUACCGUAUAACAUAGCCGAACCUUUCCCUUCCGCCUGGGGCUCCUGGACUCACUCUCGCGGCACCUCCAAGGACGACGGUUCUCCUGUCUCUGUCUUUUCUCUCUCUGGCUCCAAUGCUCAGGACGGUCACUUAGCUGCUGCGCGCAACGGCGUCAAGCGUCUUCGAACUGUUAGGCAUCCGAAUAUAUUGUCGUUUCUUCACAGCGCUGAGAUUGAGACUUACGAUGCAGGUUCGCCGAAGGUUACGAUAUAUAUUGUGACUGAACCUGUGAUGCCGCUGUCUGAGAAAAUCAAGGAGUUAGGGCUUGAAGGUACACAAAGGGAUGAAUAUUAUGCUUUGGGUCUUCAUCAAAUAGCUAAAGCUGUGAGCUUCUUGAAUAAUGAUUGUAAACUUAUUCACGGCAAUGUUUGCUUGGCUAGUGUUGUUGUUACACCGACUUUGGACUGGAAGCUUCACGCUUUCGAUGUUCUAUCUGAGUUUGAUGGGAGCAAUGAAACAUCUUCUGGUCAAAUGCUGCAAUAUGCGUGGCUUGUUGGAUCACAAUACAAACCAAUGGAGUUGGCAAAAUCAGACUGGGAUGCAAUUAAGAAGUCUCCUCCAUGGGCCAUUGAUUCCUGGGGCAUGGGCUGCCUAAUUUAUGAGGUAUUCUCUGGUCUGAGGUUGAGCAAGACAGAGGAGUUACGCAACACUGGUUCCAUCCCCAAGUCUCUGCUUCCAGAUUAUCAACGACUAUUGAGUUCCAUGCCCUCCCGUAGAUUAAACUCAUCAAAGCUUAUAGAAAAUAGCGAAUAUUUUCAAAAUAAGCUGGUAGACACUAUACAUUUCAUGGAAAUUCUCAGUUUGAAAGAUAGUGUGGAGAGAGACACCUUCUUCCGCAAGCUUCCAAAUUUAGCUGAGCAACUUCCUCGCCAGAUAGUGUUGAAGAAGUUACUUCCUUUAUUAGCUUCUGCCCUUGAAUUUGGUUCAGCUGCUGCGUCAGCUUUGACUGCAUUGUUGAAAAUGGGUUCCUGGCUUUCGUCUGAGGAGUUUAACGUAAAGGUACUUCCUACAAUAGUUAAAUUAUUUGCCUCCAAUGAUCGAGCUAUUCGAGUUGGCCUUCUCCAACAUAUUGAUCAGUAUGGAGAGUCUUUAUCACCACAAGUUGUUGAUGAGCAAGUUUACCCUCAUGUUGCUACUGGGUUUUCCGACACAUCUGCUUUUCUCAGGGAAUUGACUCUGAAGUCUAUGUUAAUUCUGGCUCCAAAGUUGUCUCAAAGGACCAUCUCAGGAUCAUUAUUGAAGUAUUUGUCAAAGUUGCAGGUUGAUGAAGAACCAGCAAUUAGAACAAAUACUACCAUAUUACUAGGCAACAUUGGAAGUUACUUAAACGAGGGAACAAGAAAAAGAGUUUUGAUCAAUGCAUUUACAGUUCGUGCAUUGCGUGAUACUUUUCCACCUGCUAGAGGAGCAGGUAUUAUGGCUUUGUGUGCCACCAGUUCCUACUAUGACAUCACUGAAGUUGCAACCCGGAUUCUUCCUAAUGUUGUUGUGCUCACAAUUGAUCCUGACAGUGAUGUUAGGAUUAAGGCGUUUCAAGCUGUUGAUCAAUUUUUGCAGAUAGCCAAGCAACACUAUGAAAAGACAAAUGCAUCAGAUACCACUGGUGCUGCAAGUGUGGGAAGCUCAUCUGUUCCAGGAAAUGCUAGUUUGCUCGGAUGGGCUAUGAGCUCUUUGACCUUGAAGGGUAAACCUUCUGAUCAUGUUCCCGUUGCUUCUGCAAGUUCGACUGCAGUCACUUCAACAGCUUCUAAUGGUACCACAGUCAGUGAGACGACAGCACCUGCCCGUGUAAGCUCCACAACAGAUUUGGCUGAACACCCUGUCCCUACAUCUCCUACAUCAACGGAUGGCUGGGGAGAACUUGAAAAUGGAAUUCAAGACGAUCAUGAAAGUGACAGGGAUGGGUGGGAUGAAUUGGAACCACUUGAAGAGACAAAGCCAGCUCCAGCUCUUUCAAACAUUCAAGCAGCACAAAGGCGGCCUGUUUCUCAACCUAUUACACAGAAAAAACAAGCCUCAAAUUCGCUGUCCAAAAGUACACCAAAAUUGAACAAGGACGAGGACGAUGAUUUGUGGGGAUCUAUAGCAGCUCCUGCUCCAAAAACUGCGAGACCUUUAAAUUUGAAAACAGCUCAAACCGAUGAUGACGAUCCUUGGGCUGCCAUUGCUGCUCCAGCACCCACUACUAAGGCCAAGCCGUUAUCCACUGGCAGAGGUAGGGUGGCCAAACCUGCCGCUCCAAAAUUAGGUGCUCAGCGGAUAAACCGAACAUCAUCAGGCAUGUAAUACAAAUUGCCAAUGCCAAGUAACAAACAAAAGAAACCGUGAAAGAGUUAAUGUCAGUGCUAGUUGUUGCCCUUUUCUUUUGGUGGCACUGAUCGCGUUAAAAUACAAGAACCCGUCUCUAUGAUAUAUGAAUUACAUUUGUGACUUUAUUGACGAAAUUGAUUUGUAUACUAUUCUUUUGCAUGCCAAUAAUUUUACAUGAAGGGGGAUCCUCGGGGCAGCAUCUUCUAAGUUGUUGUAAGGCAACAAGGCUGUGUUAUAUUUGCUACAUAUUUUGGGGUGUUUUAACUUUUUUAUUUGAUGAACAAUUUGAUGUAAUGUAAUGUAAUUAGUUUGAUAAUAUGUAGGACAGUUUUUUCGCUACUGGAUCUACUUAACCUUGUUAUUUACGGUUCAAAUUUUUCUCA